AUGACACUGGUGAAGCUCACCUACGGGCACCUGGAAGCCGAUAUCCUCACACACAGAGGCCAGUCGGAGACCUGCCGAUGUAGAAGCAGUUCUAACCUUGUGGCGUUUGGGUCCUACAGAGGUUCGGAUCACAUUGAGCCAGAGCUGACAGAGACUUUGUUGCCCAUUCUGAUUGUGAUUCUGAUUCUCGUUCUCGUUCUCAGAAUCGUUCUCACAGAAUUGGGACACCUGGAAGUUGGCUCUGGCUCUGUCUCUGGCGCCGAGGGCGGCUGGGUUCCUAGCUCCAACGUCGUUGGCGUUGGCGUUGGCGCUGGUGCAGGCGUCGACGCUGGUGUUCGUGCCUUGGUGGCGCGUAACCACUGCCAAAGUCGGUUAUUUUGGGAAACACAUGAGAGUGAAUACGAUGCAAGUCAAUGUCUCUCGUGCCCUCGUUGA